AUGCGCGCGCCGCGUUUCAAGUAUAUGAUAUCUGCGAGUAACGGAAUCGGAGCGUCGCUGGGAGCACCUGCCUCCGCCGGCAAGGAGGUGGUCCGCGCGGAGAGCGCCGCGAGCGAGGCCGUGAGCGCGAGCGAGGCGGUGAGUGCCGCGAGCGAGUUGGUGAAAGCGGACCUGUUCGUGGGCACAGGCGUGCUCGUCGGCUCGCUCGUUCAGCCCGACCUCAUCACCUUCAAUCAGGGUAUCUGCAGCAGCGUAACCAUGCCCGGAACCGGGGAGGGGGGAGGCGGCGGCGGCGGCGGCGGCGUGGACGCGCUUGCGUUGUGGUACUCGCCUACAGAUCCUGCAAACCGCCCUUCGUGCAACGCGCUGCAUCUGUUCACGACGGAAUCCUGCGAGGGCAAAGCGGCGGGGAAACUCUUCAACGAUGGUCGCGGCAUGAUGAGCACUUUUCCAUGCCUCUCCCCCCAUGCCUCUCCCCCCAUGCCUCUCCCCCCAUGCCUCUCCCCCCAUGCCUCUCCCCCCAUGCCUCUCCCCCCAUGCCUCUCCCCCCAUGCCUCUCCCCCCAUGCCUCUCCCCCCAUGCCUCUUCCCCCAUGCCUCUCCCCCCAUGCCUCUCCCCCCCAUGCCCCGCCCCCGAUGCCCCGCCCCCCAUGCCUCUCCCCUCAUGAAUCCCCCCCCAUGCAUCUCCCCUGUGCCUCCCCCCAUGCAUCUCCCCUGUGCCUCCCCCUGUUCUUCUCCCCCCAUGCCUGCACCAUGCCUUUCCCCCAUGCCUCUUCCCCCAUGCCUCUUCCCCCCCCGCAUCCACCCCUGUGCAUAUCCCCCCUUGCCUCUCCCCCCGUUCCUCUCCCCAUCCAUCCCUCUUGCCUCAUCCCUUUUUCCCCCCCAUCCCUCUCCCCCCAUCCCUCUCCCCCCAUCCCUCUCCCCCCAUGCCUCUCCCCCCAUCCUCCCAUGUGAACCAGACAACAUCUGCCAGCGGGCCACGUGCCAGGCACACUCCAACCAUCCCUCUUCUCCACUCUGUAUCUCCCUCACCCUCUCUCCUCCCCGUCUCGCCCUCUCUUCCCCUCUCGUCCCUGAUUGCCUUCGUCUUUCCCCCUCUGCCUUUCCACGUCCCUUCCUCCCUCCUGUCCUGUCCUCCCCCACGCUCUCCCAUUCCUUUCCGCCAUGUUCCCUGUCUCCUAGUCAUCAGUUCUCGCCUUAUCUACUGCAGAGCCUCUCCACUGCCACUGCUAUGUUAACAACCCUUAUAAAGCCUCGCUUUCCUCCCCUCCUCCUCUCGACCCUCUCAUGUCUCCCCUCUCCCUCCUGUCACCUCUGCCACUAUCCAUCGGUGUGA